AUGACGGCAGCACAAGAUCGCUCCUUUCUGCCAGUUAUACAUGCAACAGAUGACUUCCCGUAUGGUCCGGCUGCUGAUCAAUACUACGGGCUAUAUCUUCCCAAUGACGAUCGCCCUCAUGGAUACCUGUUGCCAGAGGUAGUGCAAAAGAUGCCAUGGACUUCGAAAUUUCAUAUCCAGCAUGAGCAUCCGCGCCGUGUCAGUGUCUUGGACUCUUCGAAUGGGACAAACACUGCAGAAGCCGUCAAUGCUGCUUUCCAGGAAGUCGUCACACCAGCCAUUGACCAAAGACUAUUCCACGUAUUCAAUGGUCAGCACAGUGAGCCCUUCGCGAUUGCAGGCGCCAGAUAUGACGGCCAGGUGAAGAUUGAACGCUUCGCCACGCCACUUUUCGGCAUCACUACGCGUGGCGCACACAUGAUCGCGUACACGAACACAGACAGCGGCAUGAAGCUGUGGAUCUCGAGAAGAGCCAAGCACCUGUAUAUCUGUCCAGACAUGCUAGACUCGACAGUGGCAGGCGGCGUAAAGUCAGGUGUACCACCGUUUCAAACCAUCAUCGAGGAGUCAGACGAAGAAGCUUCGCUGCCAGCAGACCUGAUCCAAAAAUUAGCCAAAUGCCGUGGCGUUGUCUCUCACAUGAGCACGACCGGGAGUCUCUUUCCUGGAGAAAAGGGUCUAGUAUGCCCUGACUACGUCUACGUGUAUGACAUUGAACUGCCAGCAGACGUGAUCCCAAGGCCGCACGACGAUGAAGUCAGCGCGUUCUACCUGAUGGACAUCAACAAGGUGCAGGAGGCUCUGCUUAGGGGCGACUUCAAGCCUGAUGCUGGUGCAGUCGUAGUCGAAUUCCUGAUCAGACAUGGCAUAAUCACUCCGGAGAAUGAGCCCAAUUUCGUGGAGAUCAAUAUGCGGCUUCACCGUCGGCUGCCGUUCAGGACUGGAUGA